AUGUAUGACCUCCUCACUGUUCUCGUGAACUAUUUCAUCACUGUUCUCAUGUAUGACCUCCUCACUGUUCUCGUGAACUAUUUCAUCACUGUUCUCAUGUAUGACCUCCUCACUGUUCUCGUGAACUAUUUCAUCACUGUUCUCAUGUAUGACCUCCUCACUGUUCUCAUGAACUAUUUCAUCACUGUUCUCAUGUAUGACCUCCUCACUGUUCUCGUGAACUAUUUCAUCACUGUUCUCAUGUAUGACCUCCUCACUGUUCUCGUGAACUAUUUCAUCACUGUUCUCAUGUAUGACCUCCUCACUGUUCUCAUGAACUAUUUCAUCACUGUUCUCAUGUAUGACCUCACUGUUCUCAUGAACUAUUUCAUCACUGUUCUCAUGUAUGACCUCCUCACUGUUCUCAUGAACUAUUUCAUCACUGUUCUCAUGUAUGACCUCCUCACUGUUCUCAUGAACUAUUUCAUCACUGUUCUCAUGUAUGACCUCCUCACUGUUCUCGUGAACUAUUUCAACACUGUUCUCAUGAACGACCUCCUCACUGUUCUCAUGAACUAUUUCAUCACUGUUCUCAUGUAUGACCUCCUCACUGUUCUCGUGAACUAUUUCAUCACUGUUCUCAUGUAUGACCUCCUCACUGUUCUCGUGAACUAUUUCAUCACUGUUCUCAUGUAUGACCUCCUCACUGUUCUCAUGAACUAUUUCAUCACUUUCUCAUGUAUGACCUCCUCACUGUUCUCAUGA